UCUGAAGGGUCUGGAGUCGUACUUGCACACAAGGCUGAUAUACCCUCAACAGAGGUUUCUCCUCCAAGUCCCAGUCCUCUGAAAAAAAGCGGAUCAAUCAACUGGCCUUUCCCUGAUAGAAUUAAAUCUCCCAGGACUGUGAGGAAGCUUUCCAUGAAAAUGAAAAAGCUGCCAGAGCUGAGCAGGAAACUGAGUGUCAAGGGAACUUCAAGCCAUACUAGUUCAGAUAACCCUCCUUCCCUGCUGAAAGGUAGCUGCCGGGAUACAAGCCAUACAGUUCUCAGGAAUGUGAUAAGUCGUUACCAUCUCGACAGCAGCGUGUCGUCGCAACACACCUACAAAAAGAAAAGCUCGAGGAGCUCCAAAUCAUUCAACAAAGGUGGUUACCUCAGUGAUGGUGACUCUCCCGAACUUAUAACAAAAUCAGGUAAACAUGGGCAUGAAACCAAGUGUGGGAAAGGAAAGGAGAGCCUUCCAAGUAACAGUGGUAAAACUGAAAUAGAUAUCGAUGCUUUCAGACACUAUAACUUUUCUGAUCAACCCAAGUGCUCUCAGUACAUCUCUGGACUCAUGAGCAUUCACUUUUAUGGUGCUGAAGACUUAAAACCACCAAGAAUAGACUCAAAAGAUGUCUUUUGUGCAAUACAGGUUGACUCAGUAAACAAAGCAAGAACAGCCCUGCUUACAUGUAGGACAACAUUUCUAGAUAUGGACCACACAUUCAACAUAGAAAUUGAAAAUGCUCAGCACUUAAAGCUGGUGGUGUUCAGCUGGGAACCCACCCCACGGAAAAAUCGGGUGUGUUGUCAUGGAACCGUGGCUCUUCCCACUCUCUUCCGAGUGACAAAGACACAUCAGCUGGCUGUCAAACUGGAACCGAGGGGGCUUAUUUACGUCAAGCUGUCGCUCAUGGAGCAGUGGGAGAACUCUCUUGAUGGUCUCGAUGCCGAUCGGGAGCCCGUGAUGUUCGGGGUAGAUGCUCGAAAAGUUGUAGAGAAGGAAAACACGGGCUUGAUGGUGCCACUUUUGAUGCAGAAAUGCAUUCUGGAGAUUGAAAAGAGAGGCUGUCAGGUGGUAGGCCUGUAUCGGUUAUGUGGCUCAGCAGCGGUUAAGAAAGAGCUUCGAGAGGCGUUUGAGAGGGACAGCAAGGCUGUUACCCUCUGUGAAAGCCAGUACCCAGAUAUUAAUGUCAUAACAGGCGUCCUUAAGGAUUACCUGCGAGAGCUACCCUCUCCCCUGAUAACCAAGCAGCUCUACGAAGCAGUGUUGGAUGCCAUGGUGAAAAAUCCCUUGAAAAUGAUGGCAAGUGGUUGUGAAAAUGACCCAAGUGACUCUGAGCACACAGCAGCCCUUCUGGAUUGCCUGCCAGAUGUUGAAAAGGCUACCCUGAAGAUGCUGUUGGAUCACCUGAAACUGGUGGCUUCUUACCACGAAGUAAAUAAGAUGACGUGCCAGAAUUUAGCUGUAUGUUUUGGGCCUGUGUUACUGAGCCAGAGGCAGGAGACCACCAGCCAUAAUAACAGAGUCUUUACAGACUCAGAGGAGCUUGCCAGUGCCCUGGACUUCAAAAAACACAUAGAGGUUCUUCACUAUUUACUCCAGCUGUGGCCAGUGCGUCACUCACCGGCCAAAGAACCAGCACAUCUGAACGCGUUUCCUGAGCAUCCAUCCUCCCUGAAUUACCUGAGGCCCAAGAGGCAGAGACCUCACAUGCUGAAUUUGAGCGGUACUGAGAUGUCUGGGGUACUCAGACCAAGGCCAGCAGGUCUAGACAGCCCGUCGAGCAACCGCUACGCUGGAGACUGGAGUAGUUGUGGGGAGAACUACUUCUUAAAUCCAAAAGACUGCCUGAGUGAAGCAGACUACGAUGACGUCCCUUCGGAAGACACAGAGAGCGGGGAUGACGGCAGCAAAGCCGAGGAGUCGGACGCCCCGGUAAGACACCCGCAGCCCAUCCCCAGAGAGCACACGUUUCAGAGCUAUUUGGCAAUGCAAGCAAUAGACUCCGUGGUGGAUCACAGAGCAAACCUCAAAGAUCUGCAGGAAAGUAUCGAUACUCUGAUAGGAAACCUGGAAAGGGAACUCAACAAAAACAAGCUAAAUAUGAGUUAUUAA